AACGUCACCAUGCCCAAGUUUGGCCGUGACGUCACGUGGUGCAAGGCGUGCAGCAAGUUCACCUACAACGACCAGCUCGAGAAGUGUGACUAUACGUGCAGAUUCUGCGGCAACUCCUUCAAGGGCCGCGGUGCUGGUUCGUCCCAAGCUGCUGGAGGAGGCCAGACCAACCAGUUGGACAUCUCUGCCUCGAUGGGCCUCAUCAUUGCGAAGGGAGGCGCCGCCGCUGAGCAGGCGAAGAUGCUGCAGACUACCUUGGCACAAGUUCCAGCAGCUCCUCCGAAGCCGCCUUCUAUUAGGCUAUCGGAGGCUUUUCAGAACGUGGAACGAGCUGAAGGCGCGCUGGAGAAGGUGGCGGCAAGAAUUAUCAGACUCGAGCGCGAGCUGGCCACCGCCAUGGGCCAGUACAAGGAGCAGGCGGCGAACCUGGCUGACGCCAUUGUCGCACAGGAGGCCGUCGCCAAGGAGCUUGCACCAGAACCAGUCAGUCGACCAGCUGUUGGACAGGUGGAUGUUCGUGAGUUCCUGGGGGACCGAGCCGAACUCAACCUCAGCUUCGGGGGCCUAUUCGAAGACGUGGAGCUUGAGGGGGCGGAUCGUGUCGAGUUCGAGCGGCGCAAGUCUUCCUUCGAGUCCGAGUUCAAGACUGCGCUAUCGGCCCAGUUCAGCAAGAUGGUGGCGUCGUUGGCAGAACAGCAGCAGAAGAAGGUGGAGGAGCUCGGGUGGCUCGACUUCGACUCCGUCACCGACGGAUCCAGUGGCAUCGGCAACGCCAGGGACUUCGACGGGCGCGGC